AUGGAUUUUGCUGGUAAUCGGAAAACUAUUCAUUUUUUAAGCGAUGGGGCUUCAACCCAAUACCGAAAAAUGUUCCUCUUGAUGGUUAACUUCAUUUCCCAAGAGUUGCAAGUCGAGGAGUUGUGCUGGCACUAUAGCGAAAAGAGGUACGGAGAACCACCAAAAAGAAGACUUCACUAUGAAGAUGUUGAUUCCAGUUCUUCUGAUGAAGACAGAAAUACGCAUCCAAGAAAAAGACUUCAUUUUGCAGAUGUAUAUUCAAGUUCUUUCAAUGAAGACGAAAAUGCGCAAUUAGCUUUACGUCUUCAAGAUAAUAAGAGGUUUCUAGUUACAGAGGAUGAUCAUAGUUUUCUUCGGGAAAGAUCUUUGCAGAGUAGCUCUGAUCAGAAUAUUGUUCCAGAAGAUUCAUUAUCCGUUCCUUCAGAGCGUCAGAACAUCUUUCCUCGACAGUCAGUCCCUGUUGAGUUUAAUGAAAAUAGUUGCCAUAAUAUAACUAACUGCAAUGAAAAUGACUACGUUGUCGUAAAAUUUUGCUCAAAAAAGUCACUAAGCAUUACAUCAGUCUACUAA